UGGCAAUUUCAACGAUGGCGGAUAACUCUGGUGUUACAAACAAAGGAAAUAUCAUCAACAAAACCAUGUCAUGAUUCUACUAAACUCGAAUAAUACCAUUUAUACGACAUGGCUACUUGGUACACGUCUGACACGAGUCCUUCAGGGCCAAGUAAUGUAGGCUAUUAUCCGUCUAACAAAUAUGGUCUCCCGCAAUCGCAAUACGAAACUUCAAGCCACAGCUCUAGAGUGAUGAAGUUACCUUUGAGUUUUACCGGAACAACAAAACGAAGUGUUAUUAUGGAAAAAACUUCACCACAAGACAACAAGGGUGACUUUGUUCAUGAUGACUCUACUUGGGUAACUGGAACUUACAAGAAAGUCAGGCAACAUGGUGGAAACUCUCGUUUUCCAAGAAUAGAGGACAUGCCACAUUUUCAUUACGACUUUGUGGACCUUGGUGAGCAAGUGAAGAUAGGUCUUUACACAGACAAUGGAGGCGAGAAACGAUACCAUAACGGAACUGCAGAGGAAGGAACACUUCUGGUUAACGUUAUAUGCAGAGGAAAGUCGUGGAUUUUGACGAGGACAAUCGGUAACUUGCGGCUCCUUGAUCGCGCACUUCACAGGUGCCUAUUUGACAGAAGUCAUAGCAAAUUAAAAUCUCUCGCACGCCUUCCCGACAGUGAAAAAUAUUGCAGGAGCGAAGAAUGUUUUCAGGUGGUACAGGCUUACCUGGCCAGAGUAUCCGAGCUUGCUGAUGAUGCUAUGAACUGUAGUGCAGUCUUGAACUGGCUCGAGCUCGAUAACCAUGGAAACCACACGUUACUGACAGACGAAUCACCAAUCAACGUUCCAGGAAUAGCAGCUGCUCACGUGGUCAAACGAUACACCGCGCAAGCCGUGGACGAACUUUCUCUUGAGGUUGGAGGGAUCAUCUCUGUGAUUGAUAUGCCCCCUGUUGAUGAAAGUUUGUGGUGGAGAGGAAAACAAGGAUUCGAGGUAGGAUUUUUUCCAAGUCAGUGCGUUGAAGUAAUCAGUGACAAAACGGACGGAAAUACCCCCCUGCCAGGUCACGCGGCCCCCUCAAAUAUGACACCAGUUGCAAAGAAGCGAGGCAAAAUUGUGUCUUUCUUGAGACUGUUCCUAUCUUCCCGCCCAUCAAAGGCGAGGCUUUUGCAGAGUGGUAUUCUAAAGGAACGGACAUUUGGUUGCGACUUGGGCGAGCAUUUAGUGAAAACCAACCAGCAAGUUCCUCUGGUAUUGGUAAAAUGUGCCGAGGUGAUCGAGAAAAAUGGCAUCGUAGAUGGGAUUUAUCGUCUCUCCGGCAUGUCAUCCAACAUUCAGAAACUCAGAUUGGCAUUUGAUGGGGAAGAACCACCUGAUCUUUUGAAAGACUGUUACAUCCGGGACAUACAUUGCAUAAGCUCUUUGCUCAAGAUGUACUUUAGAGAGCUACCUAAUCCGUUGCUGACUUAUCAUCUCUACGACAAGUUUGUGACCGCCAUUCAUAUUUCUGAUGAACUGCAACGUCAGAUUGCUGUCCAUCACGUAGUUCAGCAACUUCCCCCUCCCCACUACAGAACACUGGAAUACUUGUUACGCCACUUGUCACAUGUCGCCUCGUUUUCGCCCCAGACUGGCAUGCAUGCGAAGAACCUGGCGAUAGUGUGGUCACCAAACCUCCUCCGACCCAUGUCGCUUGACAGCGGAGGUGCGGCCCUUCUGCAAGUUAAUGUUCAAGCUGUUAUUGUCGAGUAUCUUAUUAAGAAUGUUCACGUGUUUUUUGACGAGAAGGCGGCUGCCGCCGCCAUCGUGGCAAAUCCGCGAUAUUCUUCGGGUUCUUGGGAAAGACAACAAAAGAUCGUCGCUGAUUCAGAUAUCGCUGGCGCUCCUUCCCUUGGUCCACGGAUGGCUUCGCUGUCUAUUUCCCCUCCUACGAAACUAAUAUCACUGGAAGAAGCCCGGGCACGUGCUCAGACCACGCCUUCUAGACCCUCAGGGAGGCUCAUUCGAGCCAAGUCGGUAGAGGAGCCUCAGCGGGUCGAGACCCCUGUGUACAGGACGUCAGUGGAGGUUCCCGCAAGACGGAAAACAAGUGAAGGAUCCAUGAGUGGACGUAAAUGGAAGACCUUUUUCAGUCACAAAGGGAAGAAUUUAGAGGCUCCGUCAUCAGUGGCCAAAGUCCAGGAAACGAGCCAAGGGACAUAUUUUACCGUCAUGCGUGAGCCCCGACCUCAGCGCGAGGUAGGUGUCGAAGUGCGCCAAGCACAGAGCGCAGAGAACGUCAAUGAGGUCUAUGUUGACUCACAACUGCGGCCUGCUCGGGCCAGACAUGUACGCAGUGAUGUAAAUCAUACUGCGAGGGAGAUAACAACUCCCGUGCACCAACCGGUUACUAUAUCAUUCACUCGUCAACCGGCGCGACAACGCGCACAAACCUCAAGCGAGAUGAACGUUACAAGACACCAUCCGGUAUUGACAAAGUUCAAACGUGUGUCAUCUGAUCAAACUGUCUUUUAUACAAAAGUCGAAUAUCACCCCGUGCGGACCAAUCAUCGAAGGGCAUCUACGGGUGGCGACGAGCUCGAGCUCUCCACCUUACGGAGACGAGAAAUACAACCCUCCGAGCAUUCUCGGCCCAUAUCCCAUUACGAGAAUCGUCCGAGGUCGAUUUACGAUAAUGAACCGACCCCUCAGCGAUAUUCCUCGCCGGUCUUCUCACAGAAUUGCCACACGAUAACCGAAGAACAACAUCGCUACUCGACGCCAGCAAACAUGGGCACCCCUCCCAUGAAGAAAUCAUCCAGACGUAGGCUGUCAGAUCAGCAGAUUGCUAUCACGGGAGCAAGGCUUGCCCAUGCGUCUGUUGUACCGUGCUCCAACAGCGGUAGGCCAAUGCAUUAACAGAGACUGUUGAAAGGCGCGAACUGCGGUUCACUGUCUUGCGGAAUCGUGGUCGUUCACCGAUUAUUUUUAAACGAGUAUUUGUUUUAGAAUACUCUUGGCUUCAUGCUGUUUACAAAAGGCAGCGUUAUCUCUGUCGGGAAAAUUCCUGGAACCUUAAACCUUUUUAGUUGACCGUUAAAGAGUUGUAGAUUUCGGCGCAAUUUUUCCUAAUCAUCAGCUUUACUUUCUCUAAAAACGAGGUAAACUAAAAAAAAUGACUCCUUCGUGGACAACGCCUUUGUCUUCACUUGAUGCAAACCAUGUCAGGUUUUCGUCACGAAUGAGACCCAAGUUAAAUACAAUCCAGGCAAUUUUCCUCGACGUUUACACUUAGCACAUUUUGAACUAUUGGCCGAAGCAAAUUAGCAGUGCCCUACGAUAACUUGGAGUUAGUUUCAGCUGAUUUGGAAGCAACUGAACCUGUAAACCCAAGAAAGAAACAAAAGGCACGAAAUAGAAAACCAUUUCAAUCUGAUAUUUUUUAUUUAUGUGAGAAGAUAUUUUGACGUCUAAAGAAGAUAAAGUGUUUUAAUAUAAUUCGGAAGUGUUAAUAUUUGAAGAGUUGAUAACAGUAUUAUUUUGAGCUUCCUUGUUGAAUAUUUCUCUAACCUUAUUUUUGUCCUUCUUCUUUGGACUACCUCAUUAUUUAAUUAAAACCUUAUUGACAGGGAUCCAUGUUCAAAAAGAGCUUUAGAUUUUCAUUCAUCAAUGCUGUAUAAUACUCUUUAAGAAUGUUCACCCCGCAAAGUUUUAACAUGAUGUUACAUUUUCUUCUCAAAUCUUGUAAAUUAGCGAAAUGAGCUGAUAAAUAAAACACCGAUAAGAAGGGAAUCAACAGAGAGUGAAUUUG